AUGCAGCUCUCUGUUCUUCUUGGCACCGCCUCAUUUGCGGCCGUCACCUCGGCCUCGCUCCCCCCAAUCAACCUGGGGCACGUUCUUGUGAUGCGCGAGAACCUAUCCGUUGCCUGGUCCCCCUUCACGCCGACUACAACGCAGGACCUCUACGACUUCUGUGACCCGUCCACUGGCACGCGGACGUGGAACGCCAUCCGGGCGGUCAGCAGCGGGUACGCCACCGGGCCCGUCUGCCGGAACCCCUUCAACGUCACCGACGUCAACACCGGCAUCACCUACUACGAACUCGAGCUUGCGUGCGUCGACGACGACAUUCCAUGGACCGCCACCCCAGAGGUCACUGCCGUGGUCGACAGGGCCACUAACAAGGCGGUCGAGACCUGUGUUCCGGCGUUGUUUGAGGACGGUAGCUCUACGGAAACGCUCUGCAACACAGGAGGCGGCUACAGCUUACUGCUCGGCUACGAUUUCGCCUGCACAAGCGUUUAG